AUGGCGUGGAGACUUGGAGGUGUUGCCGCCUCCUUAGCUUUAGAGCUCGGCCUACACCGACCGAUGACACUACAGAAAGCCUUUGGUGACGAGGGAGAGCAAGUAAAGGCGACAACAUUGAUGUGGAGUAUUUUUGUGCUGGACCAUGAAUGGAGCACGGCUCUAGGGCUUCCCCGUCACAUGGACGACGGGUCAUUGGUCCCUGCACAGCUACACCUCGUCAAGACGCAAUAUCUGAAUGCGAUGAUGUCCUACUGUGUCAUCAGUUCGAAGAUCGUGAAUGCAACUGCGGGUCUACCUGUGAAUCCAGACCUGUACGAGGAGGAACAAUUUCAAUUUAUUAAUUAUCAGAUCGACCGGUGGCAACAGUCUGCAAUCGCUAAACUCCAGUCUCUUUCCUCCCCAGUCCCUUCAGUCUCUUCAAACUCUGACAAAGCCUCCGAUUUCAUCCAAACGAUGCUGAGUUUGCGUGCCAAUCAGCUCCGAAUCCUCAUGCUUCGACCAUUGUUCUUCCAAGACAGCCCCGUCAAGCCCAGUCAGGCGCACAUCUCGCAGGCAAUCGACACUGCUGUAGAGACUAUCACCAUCCUGAAGCAGCUCGAUGGACAAACCGAUUUGUAUCGCCGGCUGCACGCUCUUUUCAGUCAAUUCAUCGCCUCCGCUGCAGCCUUGAUCUUACUCAGCAUCAUCUACACCUACAGCGGCCCCCUUGACAAUACGUCCAAGAUCGGGUUGUCAAGCUCCAUCACGCGCGUCGUUUGCGUCCCUCUCAAAAAUGUGCUGAAGCUAACCGACGCCUGCUCUGGACUAUCUCCAGCAUGCGCCCAGCUCCACUGCCGUCUGCAGCAUAUUCUCGGGAUCUUGGUUCGUCUUCAAUUCAUCUCGAUAGACGGCAUUUCUGCCGCGCCGACUGAGGGGCCCGUCAACCCUAGUAGUCUGCAAACCUCGAAGAGCUCCAUGGUUCCGAUUUUCGCGGACCCCACUGGAGGAGACCUGAGCGAUUGGACCUUGCCAUCGCCACGGGGAGCUGAUCAUGGGGGGUCAGAUCAAGCGGACCUGUUGUUCGAUUGGGCGCCACUGGCUUCGGACAAUGAUCCACCGCUGGAUCAGCUCCUUGAUGGCACGAUCUGGACGGAGUUAAACAAGCUGCUUCGGCCUCAUUUGCAAACUGAAUCCGGCCUAUCUGAGUCUACCAGUAGCCAUCCUACCUCCUUGAGUAGAUCCGAGAAUUGA